UCAACUUCUCUCCCGGAGCUUCACAAAUUAAGGGUUUAUCUCAUCUCUCCUCCCGUGCGUCUGCUCCAUCAAUCAGGUUCAAAGAAUAACAAGUCCAAGUCAAAGUCGAAGCCAACAGAUCCCGAAAUGGAAGAGGAGCUCACCGGAGCAGGAUGGAUGAAGAGGAGGAGAAGAAGCAGUAUAAGCCAUUUCUUGAGCUCAAGCAGAUCUAAUUCAACCACCACCACCACCACCACUACGACAUCAUCAUCAUCAAAAUCUCUAAUUUCGUCAUCAAGCUCAGGUUUCAGAACUCAUCCUCCUUAUUUGAACACCCCCACCAAGAACUACAAGCAGUUCUUGAAUUACACUUUUGCUACCAAACAAGUGGGAGAAGAGGAAAAGAAGACCCACAAAGACUACUCGUGGCUGGACAAGAAACUCAAGGUGAUGGAGAGCCUCUCGGAGAAUCAGAGCAACUGGGCUAAUGAUGAAGAUGAUGAUCAGAGAAUAAAGAGAGAGGGAUAUGAUGAUGGAACGGAGAGUAAUUCAAGUUCUGAUCUCUUCAAAUUACAAAACUACGAGUUGUCUCGUGGAGGCUUGCCAGUGUACGAGACUACCAAUGUAGCUAACAUUAAUAAUACUCAUAUGAUCAAACUCUCUUGAGCGUCAUCAACUCCAUCAGAUCUUGGUAAUAACACCCAUAAAACAAAUUGUUUGUUUUUUCUCGAUUUGUUCUUGUCUGAUUGCUUCAGUUAUAUGUAUUUUUUUUUUUGGAUUUCUUGGGUUUGAUUGUGGCAGGCCUGGAUUGUGGAUGCUUUAAUAGUAUUUUUUGUUUUGUUUGAGAUUUGAGGAUAGACUUGAUAAAAUUUCUAAUUUUUUCUUGUCUAUCACAUGGAUUCUGU